AUGGCAACCAGAGUCAGCAGCACCCCCAGCAACAGGUCAGCAACCAGGCACCACGCCAAGGAGUGCCCAAUACUGCUCCUGUGCCCCAAGAAGCAGAAUCCACCAGCCCAGCAAAACCAGAACAACAAUCAGAGGCCUGCUCGACCUCCGUUCUCUGGGAAAGUGAACCAUGUGUCCACUGACACAGCUCAGGAAGCACCUGAGGUUAUGAUGGGUGGGGAUAGAAUAAGUGUGGAUGUGGCAAUGCAGCAUCAGCCGACUGUUACAGUGAAUCAGUUGAGUGGUGGUAAUCAAGAAGACCAGGUGGUGGACGAGUUCCCCGAUGUGUUCCCGGACGAGUUGCCAGCCGCCCCGCUCCCGCUCCCCCCACCGCCCGCAGAAGCCGCCCCAACCGCCCGCAGAAGCCGCCCCGCUCCCCCCACGAUCCACUCCCCUACUCCGCGCUCGGUUAAGAAGUGGGCAGUGAGAGCCGCGUUCCUCCUUCUCCUCCCCAGUUCCCCUCUCCUCGUUCUGCUCCCUUCCGUGCUCGCGCAGAAAACCAUCGCCGGAGCGCCGCCGCCCUCCGCGCGAAGCCGCCGUUCUGAGCCUCCUCCGCCUCCAAUCUUCGCGCUGGUGAGGUCCUCUCCUUCUCCGCGUCCUUCUCGGCCAAGUCCCGUGCAGUUUGGUGCCUUCUCGCGCCCUUGCUGCGAGCUCCGUGGGCUCCGGCAUGGCGCCGCCGCGUUCCGCGCUGCGCGGGCGUUUCUCCGGCCGCGCAAGGGCUAG